UUUCUUCUUUACAGGAAACAGAAAUGUGUUUUGGGAGUUGUAGUAACACUGUGCUGAACUGAAGAAACCUGAAACGUGAAGGCUAAAGACCUGGCUACCACCAAAUACUAACAGCAAAUAAAGAUGGGAAGAACUUACUUUGUGGAAGACUCUGUUGAGAAAUACAUACAGAACAUUCUUGACACGUCAGGGAAGGCCUGUGUCACUGGUCUUCUAAUUGGGCAGUGCUCCCCACAGAGAGAUUUUGUUUUGCUAGCUGUCCGGACCCCACCAAAGGAAACACAGAGUGAUGAAGUAGAUGAAGAAUGGAUCGUUGAACAUGCAACACAGGUGUCCCGACUGUUGCCAGGAGGUUUAGCAGUCCUCGGAGUGUUUCUGGGUGCCGCCCCAGAACUGUCCGUUCAGGCCCAGAAUAUUCUGCGCAGGCUGGUUUUUGCCGUGGAGAAGUCAAUCACUAAGGCAAGACUGUGGAAACUCGCUAAUGAUGAAGUUCAUGACAGAGUGGCACUUCAUAUCUGUUCAGAGACAAAAAAAGUACUGUGCAGGACCUUCGAUGUCAAAGAUCCCAAGAGCUCCGCAAAACCAGCAGACUGGAAGUAUCAGACUGGCCUGUCAGCUUCAUGGCCGGUACUGGAGUGUAAUGUUGAAGUAGACCUGCAGAUACCUGUGCCUGCUGACUCUGCCAACAGAGAACUGGACAAAUGUAUUGAGAAUGGACUUAAGGAGUGGAUCAGGCUAAUACAACAGUGUUCUUGUAUUCUCAAUGGCAAAGUGAUGGGCCUGGAUAAAGAUCUCCUGGAAGGGACGAAAAAGAAAGCAUCUUCACAGCAAUUUGUCCAACAGCCAUUUGUCGUUCAGCUCCUGAGGCCUUCGAAAUUUAAAACAGACGAUCGGUCCACAGCUUUGGUGCAAAAAAGCAGCGGAACAGUUGUUCUAAAGGGUGUUGUACAUUGUAAAGCCUACAUUCACUCCAACAAACCAAAGGUGAAAGAUGCUGUUCAGGCCUUGAAGAGAGAUGUGUUAAACACUCUUGCAAUCCGAAGUCAGAUGCUUUUUGAGGACUUCCUCCUUGACCCAGAGGGUUACACUGAAAAAGGUGCCAGGACAGAGGAAUACCCACUGCCCAAGCGAGUGUUUACUCCACUUGCAGGGACUGGAGUCAUGAUCUGUGAUUACAUGUUUAAAGAUGAGGCUCCCAGAGACAUCCAGUUUAGAAUCAAGGAGUUGCUAGACUUGGAUGUGAAGAAGGAUCAGCUGGAUAUGUUGCUUGAAAUGGAUUCAGCAAUUAAACUUGCCCCCAAGACCUCCCAUCCACAGAGCAAUAUUGCUGUGGCUGAACCCGAAACCUCGCAGCUACUGGAGAUGUUUCCUGACAACUAUAACCCCAUGCAGUUGAAAGUUGGUGUGGUGAUAGCUGCUGGGGUGGUCCUCUUUGCUGUAGUCUUUUCAGUUCUUUUUUUCAGUGACUAAGCAAUAAAAUUCAAGGUAGUUUAGUAACAGGGUAACAGUCUUUUUUAUUUUAAAAUGUACUAGAAAAUAGAAAAAAGGGGUGCCCUGUUACUGAGGCACACUGUACAUUUACCAAAACUCCCAUGGCAAAGUACAUAGGAUUCUGAGGAACCUGCUGACCAGUGUUUACAUGGAGAGGUAUUGGAACCAAUCUAAGAGAGACAAUGAAGUCUGAAUGCUGAAGAGGUGUGUUCCAUUUCCUUUCAGAUUAAAAGAUCUCUUUGUCAAGACUUGCUUUAUAGCAGGGAAGAGAGAGUUAUUUGAGGGUUUUUUGUUUUGUUUUUUUUAAGCCGGCAACUUGAAAGUGAUUUGAAAACUGUCUAGUGCUGCUAUGAUGAAUGAGCAAAAUGUCAAUUCUUUGAAAGCAAUGUGACUGAAAGAAAUCAGUGCUGGGUAAACUUUUGAAAAUGUUUGUGGUUUUGUGAUCAGUCACCUUUUCCCGGAAUCUUUGUGUUUUAUGGGCGAUUCCAGUAGAGAAUAAAAGCAAACACACCCUAUCCCCUAUAUGAUUCUUAUACUACAUGCAAUUUCUUUUUAUUAGUUUACAUUUUUUGGGGGAUAAUAAAAUAAUUACAGGGUGUGUAUAAUAGUGCUGUAAUGUAACCAAAUAGGGAAAGGGAAAGGGAAGAUUGAAUAAUUACAAGCUGUAUUUAUUUUAGAGGUUAAAACUGAAAUAGAAAUCUCAAACAAAAUAUUUUGAUGCAUAUUUGAAAAUGCCUAGAAUGCGUUCUAUUCAAAGAUACUUAUUUUAUCCAAAAACCUUUUUCUUCUACAACACACCUUGAUGGUAAAUUUAGAAAGCAUUAUAGCUGUUUUUAAUUUGUUUUUGUUUUCUAACUCUGUACAGAACAGUAUGUGAUUCCAUGCAGUUUCAGUGCAAUUAUGCAUUAUUAUCAAUAGACACCAUUGAAAAGAAACCAUUUGUAGUUACACAGUUAUUGCAGUGUUAUGACAUAGUAAUGUACAAGACCUAACACUGUUGGUAAUUUUAUAUUCUCAUGCCAAACAUCACACACUAUGUAUUUGUUGAAAUAUGUACUGUAUAUGUUUGUGUGCCCCCCUCCCCCCAUGUUAUAUGUUAUAUUUCAUGUUCAGCAUGUUUGCAAGUCUAAAGAAAAAUCCAAAUGUCUUAAUAAAUUAUUACCAUUCUUUAACAUUUA